CUCGUACAUGAUCGAUUUGUUGCAGGAAACGCGGCGAGCUUCAAACCAGACUGGAAUCCAAACAUGAAACUGUCAUUGACAGUUGGAGGAAACAUAGCUAGCAAGCUUAUUUUCCACACAUAGUCAGUGAAUAUUUAGGCGAACAUACUUGUAAACAACAGCUUUUGCAAGCAGGAAUAGUAAUGUCCAUCGUGACAGUACAACUUGGACAAUGUGGCAACCAGGUAGGCCAAGAGUUCUUCGAGGUGAUCAGCAAUGAUGCAAACGAUACUCAAAGAAAGGUUUACAGUGAAUGCAGCAGUGAGCGGUUCUUCAAUGAGACUGCAAAUAGAAACCUGGUGGCAAGGUCAGUACUGAUUGACAUGGAACCCAAAGUCAUCUCACAGAGUAUUGCAAAGGCUGCCAAAUCUGGGAAGUGGAGAUAUGGGGACCUUUCACACUUCAGUCAGAAACAGGGUUCUGGAAACAACUGGGCGAAUGGAUACUGUGUCCAUGGACCGCGUCAUGAGGAGGUAGUGGUGGACAUUGUGAGGAGAGAGGUGGAGCGCUGUGACCGUCUGGCAGGAAUCAUGGCCAUGAUGAGUGUGGCAGGUGGCACAGGGUCAGGAGUGGGCACAUAUGUCACUCAGUGUCUCCGGGAUGCCUACCCAAACUCCUUCAUCCUCAACCACCUGACAUGGCCCUAUGGCACUGGAGAGGUGAUUGUCCAGAACUACAACUCUGUGCUCACACUGUCACACCUCUACCAGCUCUCGGAUGCCAUCCUGGUUCAUGAAAAUGACACGGUUCACAAGAUCUGUGCCCAGCUCAUGAAUAUCAAACACAUAUCAUUCAGUGACGUCAACAAAGUCAUCGCCCACCAGCUAGGGAGUGUUCUGCAGCCUGCACUCACUGGUGACUCCCAUGGUCUCUACAAUAGAAACCCCAUAGGUGAACUGAUGAGCGGCCUGGUGUGUCACCCAGAGUACAAGCUGCUCAGCGUCUGCAACAUUCCCCAGGUGUCCAGCUCCUCCAUGGCUUACAGCAUGUUCACCUGGCCGGCCCUGCUCAAACACCUACGUCAGAUGCUCAUUGCCAACGCCAAAAUGGAGGAAGGCAUCGACUGGCAGGUGCGAGCCCCCUCUCACCAGCCUGAAGGGAUAGAGAGGGCCAGGAGUCACAGAAGACCAGGCUUCAACACCUCCCUGGCCAACCUGCUCAUACUGCGGGGGAAGGAUGUGAACAGUGCAGAGAUAGGUGGAUUUCAGGAUCCGACCCUAUAUACCCCCUGGCUUCCAGCAGAUGAGGCUUUCAGCAUGUGGAAAACCCCAGUCCCCUUUAACAAGUAUGAGAAGUCUGCUAUACUGGUCAGCAACAGCCAGACUCUGCUGAGGCCUCUGGACAACAUGGUGGGGAAAGCCUGGAACAUGUUUGCCUCCAGGGCCUACAUUCAUCAGUACACUAAGUUUGGGAUCUCAGAGGAGGAUUUCCUGGAUAGCUUCACAUCUCUUGAACAGGUCAUCUCUAGCUACAGUCAACUUUGAUGCUACUGUCUCCUUUGGACCAGUAAUAUACUGUUUGGAUAUGACUAAAACCGGGAUUCAAACCGACCGCAAAUUUGGACAAUGCACUUUCAGGGUAAUUUUCGAUUGAGACAUUAUAUGCAGGGAGCUGAUGCUAUAUUGGCAUUUUAUUGGACAGGAGAUUGGUACCAGAGAACAGUACAUGUGUGUAAUGUUCAAAGGAGUCAAAGUGUAAUGAAAAUGAAUUAAUAAAAAUAAAAUGUUCAAGUACAUUUAGAGGGGUAUAAAAACAAGUAACAUGUUUUAUGACAGGGCUUUUUAUUGAAGAUUGUUCAGAAAAGACAAUUGAUGCACACAAAACAGCCAUGAUGCCCUACAAAUGUCUUUGUUGGGAAGUUGUUUGAUUUGAUCCGUUAGCCACAAAAGGUACUGAAAUUAGCACAUGCUUGAAAGUUUGACUAUGGUACAAAAGAUAGCACUCUUCAGAUGGUUAAUACCCAGAACUUCAGACAGCUUACAGACCGUUGUCGCCAUGUGAUUCAAACAGUCAACACCAGUCUGAUAAGCUAUCUGACAGGAUGGGAGAGGGAGUAAAAUACCUGCAACAACCAGGACCAAGUCUAUACAAACCAGCUUCAGAAAACUAAUUCCCGCACAGGACAAUAAGCAUUGCAUUCUGUGUGAAACAAUAAGCCAUGAUGAUAUACAACUUGUUCAUAUAUUUAGUUUCAAAUGACAAUAUAUCAAUUCCAUAUUUUCCUUAACAUAUAGAUUGUUUUAAAUACAUUAUUUUCAAAUAGAAAUGUAUCUCCAAUUUACAAUAUAGCGAUCCGUAUGCUUCUUGAGAAUCUUGGCACUUACCUUUUGGAUGUUGAAAUUCUACCAUUCUUUCAAUCUUGGUGUUCUGAUUGCCUAAGCAUCAUUACCUCAACAGUAGAAAAUGCUCUAUACAAUAACAUGGGGCAAGCUUACAAGAAUGGAAGCAAUUUUUUACAUAGUUAGACCUACAAUGA